AUGUCAACAACAACAACAACCACACCCUCAAAACGCAAAUCCGACUCCUCCACCCCUCAAACCAUCCACUUCACCUCGCGCACACCAACAUGGACAUAUCUCAAACUUCAAUUAAUAAAUAACCCCCCAACCUCCACAACAUCCACACCCCUCGACCCCCUCACAGCCCGAACCUACCUCUCCGCCGCACUCUCCCAAUUCCUCGGAUUAACGGGAACAACUAUUCCCAUUGAUAUACUCAAGAUAUCGCCGCCAUCGUCAUCAUCAUCAUCUACCGGAAAUAAAACAGGAGGAGCGGGGUUAGGAAGCACAGUAUGGACACGCGUGCCGCGCGAUGAUGCGGCGGCGGUUGUGGCGGCGUUGAGUUCGUGGAUUGGAGGGAGUGCGAGUACGCCUACAAAUACAUCAGGUGCUGGUGAUGUGGGAGGAGGAGGGGGCAGCAUGGCGUGGAGGGUCUGUGCGAAGGGGAAUUAUCUCGGGGCGUUGGUUAAUGGGGGUGGGGGGGAGGUGUUUGUUCCUUAA